CGCGAUCGCCGGUUGGUGCGGUCGCGGACUGAUGAUGCAGAGCGCCGCGUGCUCCCCCCACGUGUGCUGCUUCCUCUCUCUAGGUACUGGCGAAGCGGCGGUGGCCGCUUUCACUGGAGACGUAGUUGGUGGCAGUUCCGGCGCGGGGACCUCAGCGGCUCGGGGGUUCUUAGCGCGAAGCAAGGAGCGCCUGUGGCCGCCCGGGGCGGAGGACCCGUGAUCAUGGAGCACUUCUUGCUGGAUGUGGCGGCCGCGCCGCUGCGGUUAAUCGCUGCCAAGAACGAGAAGAGCCGCAGCGAGCUGGGCAGGUUCUUGGUCAAGCAGGUGUGGACACCUCAAGAUCGCCAGUGUAUCUUGAAUACCUUAGCACAGUUACUUCUGGAUAAGGACUGUACUGUGCUGAUUGGCCGCCAGCUGCGCCCUCUCCUUUUGGAUUUAUUGGAAAGGAAUGCUGAAGCCAUUAAAGCCGGAGGGCAAGUCAACCAUGAUUUACACGAACGGCUCUGUGUGUCGAUGAGCAAACUCAUUGGUAACCAUCCUGACGUCCUCCCGUUUGCCCUGAGGUAUUUCAAGGACACGUCUCCAGUCUUUCAGAGGCUCUUCCUAGAGAGUUCAGAUGCAAAUCCAGUCCGGUAUGGGCGCAGGCGGAUGAAACUUCGGGACCUAAUGGAAGCAGCUUACAAGUUUCUGCAGCAAGAGCAGUCUGUGUUCCGGGACCUCUGGGACUGGAGUGUGUGUGUCCCACUCCUCAGGAGCCACGACACGUUGGUCCGCUGGUUCACAGCCAAUUGUCUUGCUUUGGUCACCUGUAUGAAUGAAGAGCACAAGUUAUCAUUCCUUAAGAAGAUUUUUAAUAGUGAAGAACUGAUCCAUUUCAGGUUAAGGUUACUUGAGGAGGCCCAGCUGCAGGACUUGGAGAAGGCCUUGGUGUUGGCCAAUCCAGACACACCCCUUUGGCGGAAGGACAAGGAGCUGCAGUACUCAACAGGACACCUUGUUUCGGCAGACCUCUCCUCCAGGGUCACUGCUGUCUGUGGUGUGGUGUUGCCAGGGCAACCGCCAGCCCCCGAAGAGCAGGCGAGUAGUAGGAGUUCUUCUCAUGAACAGGAGCUGACCUUUAGGUCUUACGUGCUGGUCGACUCAGUGUGCAAAAAUCUUCAGACCCUGGCUAUCGCAGUGGCUUCUCAGAAUGCUGUGUUGUUAGAAGGACCAAUUGGAUGUGGCAAAACUUCCUUAGUUGAACAUUUAGCUGCAAUGACAGGUAGAAGGAAGCCUUCUCAACUUCUCAAAGUCCAACUUGGAGAUCAGACUGACAGUAAGAUGCUGUUGGGAAUGUAUCGCUGUACAGACGUCCCAGGGGAGUUUGUGUGGCAGCCUGGGACCUUGACACAGGCAGCCACCAAGGGACACUGGAUCCUCCUGGAGGACAUUGACUACGCGCCCUUGGACGUGGUUUCUGUGCUGAUCCCUCUCUUGGAGAAUGGAGAGCUCUUGAUUCCUGGCCGAGGUGACUAUGUGAAGGUGGCUCCUGGAUUUCAGUUCUUUGCAACCAGGAGACUGUUGAGCUGUGGAGGAAAUUGGUAUCGACCGCUAAAUAGUCAUGCUACUCUGCUAGACAAAUACUGGACCAAAAUUCACCUGGAUAAUAUGGAUAAGGCAGAACUAAAUGAGGUUCUUCAAAAUAGAUAUCCCAGCUUAUCAGCAGCAACCGAUCACCUGCUUGAUAUUUAUUUCCAGCUUAUUGGAGAGAAGCAUCACUGUCUGAGUGAAAGUUCUGUUGGAGGGGAACAGGUGCCAGGGGAGGUUCCAGAAGCAAGACAAGAAAACAAGAGACUAAGCCUUGAGGGAAGAGAAUUGUCUCUCAGGGAUCUACUUAAUUGGUGUAAUAGGAUUGCCCACAGCUUUGACAGUCUGUCUUCAUCAGCAUCGUUAAAUAUUUUUCAAGAGGCCCUGGACUGUUUCACAGCAAUGCUUUCUAAGCAGACAAGCAAACUGAAAAUGGCAGAAGUCAUUGGAAGCAAAUUGAACGUUUCGAAGAAAAAGGUGGAAUUCUUCUGUCAACUUUACAAACCAGAAAUUGUGAUCAACGAGCUUGAUGUGCAAGUGGGUCGAGUGCGGCUUCUCCGAAAACAAAGCGAGGCUGUCCACAUACAGAGGGAGAAGUUCACCUUUGCUGCUACAAGGCCAUCCUCUGUUCUUAUCGAACAGCUUGCGGUAUGUGUCAGCAAAGGGGAGCCUGUGUUGCUGGUGGGAGAAACUGGAACAGGCAAAACCUCCACAGUCCAGUAUUUGGCUCACAUUACAGGCCACCGUUUGAGAGUUGUCAAUAUGAAUCAGCAAAGUGACACUGCAGAUUUGCUGGGAGGUUACAAGCCAGUGGACCAUAAGCUUAUUUGGCUGCCUUUACGGGAGGCAUUUGAAGAACUCUUUGUUCAGACAUUUUCGAAGAAGCAGAACUUUACGUUCUUGGGACACAUUCAGACGUGUUACAGGCAGAAACGGUGGCAAGAUCUCCUGAAGCUAAUGCAGCAUGUGCACAAGUCGGCUGUCAACAAGGCUGGGGCAGAGAGUGAGACUGGGUCACUACUAAAAGAGAAGUGGGAAGCAUUUGGUCUUAGCCUCAACCAUGCCCAACAACAGAUGAAAAUGACUGAGAAUGCCCUAUUGUUUGCAUUCGUAGAGGGUACAUUAGCUCAGGCCGUGAAGAGAGGAGAGUGGAUUUUGUUGGAUGAGAUUAACCUGGCUGCUCCAGAAACGUUAGAAUGUCUGAGUGGUUUACUUGAAGGCUCCUCUGGCUCCCUGGUGUUGUUGGAUCGAGGAGACACAGAACCACUGGUUCGUCACCCCGACUUCCGUUUAUUUGCAUGUAUGAAUCCAGCAACUGAUGUAGGCAAAAGAAAUCUCCCACCAGGAAUAAGAAACAGGUUCACAGAACUUUAUGUAGACGAAUUAGAAAGUAAAGAAGACUUACAGAUUCUUAUUGUGGAUUAUCUGAAAGGCUUGAGUGUGAAUAAGAACACAGUACAAGGAAUCAUAACCUUCUACACCGCUGUGAGGAAAGAGUCUGGAACAAAAUUGGUGGACGGGACUGGCCAUAGACCUCACUAUAGCCUUCGGACUCUGUGUAGGGCCCUGCGAUUUGCAGCUUCCAAUCCAUGUGGCAACAUACAGCGGUCGCUCUAUGAGGGCUUUUGUUUGGGUUUCUUAACACAACUUGACAGGGCAUCACACCCAGUGGUUCAGAAGCUCAUUUGUCAACACAUUGUCUCUGGCAACGUAAAAAGUCUGCUGAAGCAGCCUAUUCCAGAACCGAAAGGAGGUAGGCUUAUCCAGGUGGAAGGCUACUGGAUUUCAGUGGGAGACAAGGAGCCUACAAUAGACGAGACAUACAUCCUCACGUCUUCCGUCAAGCUGAAUCUGAGAGACAUAGUCCGAGUGGUCUCUGCAGGAACCUAUCCGGUGCUGAUUCAGGGAGAGACAUCAGUGGGUAAAACAAGCCUGAUCCGGUGGCUGGCCGCAGCUACUGGUAACCAUUGCGUGCGUAUUAACAACCAUGAGCACACGGAUAUUCAGGAGUAUAUCGGUUGUUACACAUCUGACUCCUCAGGGAAGCUUGUGUUUAAAGAAGGUGUUCUUAUUGAUGCUAUGAGGAAGGGCUAUUGGAUUAUUUUAGAUGAGUUAAAUUUGGCCCCCACCGAUGUGUUAGAGGCACUGAACAGACUGCUGGAUGAUAACCGUGAAUUGCUCAUAACAGAAACACAAGAAGUUGUCAAAGCACAUCCUCGCUUCAUGCUCUUUGCUACCCAGAAUCCCCCGGGACUCUACGGAGGCAGAAAGGUGCUUUCUAGAGCCUUCAGGAAUCGGUUUGUGGAAUUGCACUUUGAUGAACUGCCUAGUUCUGAGUUGGAGACAAUCUUGCAUAAGCGGUGUAGCUUGCCACCAUCCUACUGCGGCAAGUUGGUGAAAGUCAUGCUGGACCUUCAGUCCUAUCGCAGAGGUUCUUCAGUGUUUGCUGGAAAGCAAGGCUUCAUCACCCUCCGUGAUCUGUUUCGGUGGGCUGAGCGAUACAGAUUGGCUGAGCAGACGGAGAAGGAGUAUGACUGGCUGCAGCACUUAGCCAACGAUGGUUUUAUGCUUCUGGCAGGCCGAGUCAGGAAGCAGGAGGAGGUGGUUGUGAUUCAAGAAGUCCUUGAGAAACAUUUCAAGAAAAAAUUAUGUCCUCAAUCGCUCUUCUCCAAAGAAAAUGUCCUAAAAUUGCUGAGUAAAUUGUCUGCUCCGAUAUCCACCUUGGAAUCUAAGUUCAGCCACAUCGUGUGGACCGAGGGCAUGCGGCGACUGGCAAUGCUGGUGGGAAGAGCAUUGCAAUUCGGUGAACCAGUGCUGCUGGUUGGAGACACAGGGUGUGGGAAAACUACUAUCUGUCAGGUGUUUGCAGCCUUGGCAAAUCAGAAAUUAUACUCAGUCAACUGCCACUUGCACAUGGAGACCUCAGACUUCCUGGGGGGGCUGCGGCCAGUGAGACAGAAGCCAAAUGACAAGGAGGAAAUUGACACUUCAAGACUCUUUGAGUGGCAUGAUGGGCCUUUGGUUCUGGCCAUGAAGGAGGAUGGCUUUUUCCUUUUAGAUGAGAUCUCGUUGGCUGAUGACUCUGUCCUAGAAAGACUCAACAGUGUCCUUGAAGUGGAAAAGACUCUGUUAUUAGCUGAAAAAGGCAACCUUGAGGACAAGGAUAAUGAGGUAGAGCUGUUGACAGCUGGGAAGAAAUUCCGUAUCUUGGCAACCAUGAACCCUGGGGGCGACUUUGGAAAAAAAGAGCUAUCUCCUGCCUUAAGAAACCGCUUUACGGAAAUAUGGUGCCCUCAAAGCACAAGGCAUGAAGAUUUAAUUCAGAUCAUCAGCCAUAAUCUUCGUCCAGGAUUAUCUCUGGGUAGAACAGAUCAUAAAGGGGCUGACAUAGCUGAGGUGAUGCUGGAUUUCAUUGACUGGCUGACCCACCAGGAGUUUGGUCGAAGAUGUGUGGUCAGUAUCAGAGAUAUCCUGUCCUGGGUCAACUUCAUGAACACGAUGGGGGAGGAAGCUGCUUUGAAAAGACAGGAGACCAUCUCCACAGUGACGUCUUUUGUCCACGCUGCGUGCCUAGUGUACAUAGAUGGAAUCGGCUCAGGGGUAACUUCCUCUGGGUUUGGUACGGCUCUCUUGGCUCGCAGAGAAUGUCUGAAAUUCCUAAUCAAGAAACUUUCCAAGAUAGGCCGACUUACAGAAAGUCAGAAAAACGAAUUGAAGAUUUACGACAGACUCAAAGACAAAGAAUUCACUGGGAUAGAUAACCUGUGGGGAAUUCAUCCAUUUUUUAUACCAAGGGGACCUGUCUUGCAUAGGAAUAAUAUCGCCGACUAUGCACUCAGUGCAGGCACCACAGCUAUGAAUGCCCAGAGGCUCUUAAGAGCUACAAAACUGAACAAACCCAUCCUACUGGAGGGCUCCCCUGGUGUGGGCAAGACGAGCUUGGUGGGAGCCUUAGCCAGGGCUUCAGGCAACACACUUGUCCGAAUCAACUUGUCAGAGCAAACGGACAUCACAGACCUGUUUGGAGCUGAUCUACCAGUUGAGGGUGGCAAGGGAGGAGAGUUUGCCUGGCGUGAUGGCCCCUUGCUGGCAGCCCUGAAGGCAGGCCAUUGGGUUGUGUUGGAUGAGCUUAACUUGGCUUCUCAGUCAGUCUUGGAAGGACUCAAUGCUUGUUUUGACCACCGAGGAGAAAUCUAUGUUCCUGAGUUAGGAAUGAGCUUUCAAGUGCAGCAUGAGAAAACCAAGAUUUUUGGCUGUCAAAAUCCUUUUAGACAAGGAGGCGGAAGGAAGGGCUUGCCCAGGUCUUUCCUAAAUAGAUUCACUCAGGUCUUUGUGGAUCCCCUUACAGUAAUUGACAUGGAGUUCAUUGCCAGUACUCUGUUUCCAGCCAUUGACAAAAAUAUUGUUAAAAAAAUGGUUGCUUUCAACAACCAAAUUGAUCAUGAAGUGACUGUUGAGAAGAAAUGGGGGCAAAUAGGAGGACCCUGGGAAUUCAACCUCCGCGACCUUUUCCGCUGGUGUCAGUUGAUGCUCGUUGACCAGUCCCCUGGGUGUUAUGAUCCUGGUCAGCAUGUGUUUUUGGUCUAUGGUGAGAGAAUGAGAACCAAGGAAGAUAAAGAAAAGGUCAUUGCUGUGUUCAAGGAUGUGUUUAAUUCAAAUUCCAACCCGUACAUGGGAACCAGGCUAUUGCACAUCACUCCCUAUGAUGUUCAGCUGGGCUACUCAGUGCUUUCCCGUGGCAGCUAUGUUCCUCCACCGACCUGCCGUCCCCUGUCGCUCCUGCACCAGUCUUUACAGUCACUGGAGUCAGUUAUGAAGUGUGUACAAAUGAGCUGGAUGGUCAUCCUCGUGGGGCCAGCCUCAGUGGGCAAGACCAGCUUGGUUCAGCUCCUGGCACACCUUACUGGUCACACUUUGAAGAUCAUGGCCGUGAACAGUGCAAUGGACACUACAGAGCUUCUGGGUGGAUUUGAGCAGGUUGAUCUUAUCCGGCCGUGGAGGCAGCUCCUUGAGAAGGUGGAGGGCACAGUCAGGGCCCUGGUAAGAGACAGCCUCCUUGUCAGUGCCGACGACGCAGAAGUAGUGCUGCGAGCCUGGAGUCAUUUCCUUCUGACGUAUAAGCCCAGGUGUCUUGGGGAAGGUGGUAAAGGUGUCACGAUGGAGAUUGUCAACAAGCUGGAAGCAGUGUUACUGCUUAUGCAGAGACUCAACAACAAAAUCAACUCCUACUCCAAGGCAGAGUUUGCCAAACUCGUGGAGGAGUUCCGAAGCUUUGGGGUGAAGCUUAUGCAGUCAGCCAGUGGCCACAGCCGUGGCACGUUCGAAUGGGUUGACAGCAUGUUGGUUCAGGCCCUGAAGUCUGGAGAUUGGCUUUUGAUGGACAAUGUUAACUUCUGCAACCCAUCGGUGCUGGAUCGUUUGAAUGCUUUGUUGGAACCUGGAGGUGUCCUCACUGUUAGUGAGAGAGGAAUGAUCGAUGGAUCCACUCCCACCGUAACACCACAUCCCAAUUUCAGACUUUUUCUCUCAAUGGAUCCUGUUCAUGGAGAAAUAUCCCGAGCUAUGAGGAAUCGUGGACUUGAAAUCUACAUUUCAGGAGACAGGGACGGGAGCAUCCCAGAUGACCUAGAUCUGAAAGUCCUACUGCACAGCCUUGGGUUGGUGGGGGACAGCGUGUGUGACACCCUUUUGGCUUUGCACUCAGAGACCCGAAGUGCUGUUGUAGCUUCUCCAGCGUCCUCGGUGUCGAACCUCAUUCAGACAGCCUCACUCAUCGUGCAGUAUCUGCAGCGAGGCCUGAACUUAGACAGCGCAUUUUCUAAAGCGUGCUGGGAAGCAUAUGUCCGCUCCCAGGCUUCCCCAGCAAACCAGCAGCUCGUGCAGGCUCUCCUAGAGAAACAUGUUUCUUCACUGCAAGCACACGAAACCUGGGGCAGCUCCCUUCUUGCCUUGGGGCUGUGGCCAGAUUCUCUGCCCUCGGCUCUCUUCACUACAGAAGAUUCUCACCUCUCUAAAGUCCGAAGCGACGGGCAGAUCUUAGCGUAUUGUCUCAACAGGCUGAGCAUGAAAACAAGCAACUGGGCAAGGAUUCAGCCUCUUACUUUGCCAGACUUAGAGAAAAUUAUGCAGUCCUCCCACCCGGAGAACUUAAAGUUCACUUCAGUUGAAGUGGAUACUUAUUGGCUUGAUGAACCAGAUGCUCUGGCUGUGGCUGUUAAAUUGCUCAUAGAAAGAGCAACCAAUCAAGACUGGAUGCUCAGAGUUAAAUGGCUUUAUCAUUUAGCCAAGAAUAUGCCACAGGGUCUUGAGUCGAUAAAGAUUCAUUUGGAAGCCAGUGCUGCAGCUCUUAGGAAUUUUUACUCAAUUUCUCUCUCAUCUGGGGUCAGUAAGGUCAUCAAAAUAUUACAACCAAAUGUAACAGAUGAAUCCGUGAUCCCUCUGGAUCCCCGAUGGAACAUGCAGGCUGUGGACAUCAUCAGAAAUGCGAUGGACUUUGACCCACAGACAGACCAGCCUGAGCAGCUCUUUGCCCUUUUAGAGUCUAUUGCAAACAAGACCAUCAUAUAUUUCGACCGGGAAAAGCAGAUUUUUACUGAAGCAAAUUUGGUUUCUGUUGGUGACAAAAAGUUAAGAAACAGUGUUUUGAGAUUGUCCUUUGAAUUCCAUAAAGAUCCAGAGAGCUAUCACAGCUUGCCCCAUGAAAUCGUGGUCAAUCUUGCUGCUUUCUUUGAACUUUGUGAUGCGUUAAUCCUGCUCUGGGUCCAGUCCUCUCAGGGCAUGAUGUCUGAUGCCGGUGUUAACGAGAUCUUGGGUUCUGUGCGGUGGCGUGACCGGUUUUGGACUGUGGCCGACACAGUAAAAGUAGAUGCCUCGGGCCUGGCCUUGCUCGCCCUUCACUGGCACUGGGUUUUAAAACAUUUGGUCUGUCGGAUCCCCCAACUCCUGAUGAACCAUGAAGACAAAUACUACAGAGAGGUUCAGACUGUUUCAGAACAUAUUCAGAAUUGCUUGGAGAGCCCAACUGGUGGAUUUGCAGGUGUAAAGAAGUUGCAGAAGUUCCUGGGACGACCUUUCCCUUUUAAGGACGAGCUGGUCGUAGAGUGUUUUUCACAGCUGAAGGUCUUUAACAAAGCUCUUACCAUCAGAGAGUGGAUGCCUGCUCUUGGGGAUAGUGGAUGGCAGGAAGACAUUAGACGGCUCCAAGUGGUUGCAUCUGAAGGGACAUUAAAGAAAAGUCUCCUCCGGGCCUGGGGGUUGGUCCUCCGAGCUAAUAUUCUGGAAGAUGUCGAUUCAGAGGCAUUGAAGAAUCUUGUGAAUGCUCAGCAUUUAGAACUAAAAGCCAGAGGAAUUUCACUUGGUUUUCUGGAGAAGAAGCACAGUGAAGCUUCCUUCCUGUCACAGCCAGAUUUUAGCUCCUUAAUCCAGCUCACCAGGAGUGUUCAGCUGUGGCCUGUGAUGGAAUACCUGGCUAUGCUUUGGCAGUAUAAAGUCACAGCUGAUUUUAUGACACAGGCUUGUCUGAGAAGGUCAAGCAAACAGCAGCAGCCUCAGAUAGUUGAGGAGAUAAGCCGUCACAUCACAUUUUGUCUUAAGCACACACCAGUUGCUCCUCAAGAGCUUCUAGACUUUUGGUCCUUAGUGCACCAUCAAAAGAUGACUGCUGAAGAAAGGAUCUCUUUGUGGUCCGAGUUAUUUAAUUCCACAUUUACGUCUUUCUGGAGCAGCACCGUGACCACACAUCCAGAGUACUGGCUGACGUGGAACCCUCUGCCUGGUGAACAGCAGAGGGAGACACCCAGAUCUCUUCUGGACCCCACAUUAAAGGGUCCCGGCAGUCUCAGUAGAGCUGUGUUCUCCAAAUGCUGCAUUGAGAUCGUGACCAGCAGCUGUAGAGCAAGUCCCUGGGAUGUGAGUGGCCUCCCCAUCCUGUCGUCCUCGCACGUCACCCUGGGGGAGUGGGUCGAGAGGUGCCAGCAGCUCCGGGAUGUCAGCUUGAUGCUCUGGACCAACAUGGCUGUCCCGGUGGUGGCAGAGUUCAGACGCACUGAUGCCCAGCUCCAGGGCCUGGUGCUGUGCCGGCAUCUGGCUGGCCUGGCGGAGCUGCUCCCCGAGCCCCAGCAGCAAGCGCAUGUGCACAACUGCAGGCAGCUGCUGCUCAGGGAUAGCCAGGCCUUCCAGCACGUGGGCGAGACUCUUGGGGACCUGGCCAGGCAAGAGGCGCUGCCCAAGGAGCUGCUGUGUCUCCUGCUUACCUCUCUGCGCCACUUGUUCGGGGAGGUGGAGGGCAAGGGUGACCUGCCCGAGCCAGCCCGCCGUGGGAGCCUGUGGGUGAGCCUGGGCCUGCUCCAGAUCCAGACCUGGCUUCCCCAGGCACGCUUUGACCCCGCUGUGAAGAGGGAGUACAAGCUCAAGUACGCCAAGGAAGAGUUACACCAGCUGCAGUGUGAGUGGAAGACCCGGAACCUCGCAUUCCAGCUGCAGACUGGAAGAGACCUGGAAGAUGAAGUCAUCCUCAGUCAUUCUCACCCUCACAUCAGGUUGCUUCGCCAGAGAAUUGAUCAGCUGGAGAACUUAAUCUGCAGCCUGUCCAAGAAGCAGGGCUGCCGGCCCCCGCUGCCUACAUAUGAGGCCCUGGUGCAGGAAAUCCACCACUAUGUCAGUAGCAUUGCCCAGGCCACCGCCGUUCAGGAUCUGCUCACGCGGCUCCUGCAGGCCCUGCGCUCGGAUGGACCUCGGGCUGCCCAGGUGGCCCAGAACCUUUUGAAGGAGGAGGCCUCCUGGCAGCAGUCGCACCACCAGUUCCGGAGGCGGCUGGCCGAGGAGUUUGCCCUGUACCCAGACGCCACGGCCCCACUGCAGGCCUCCAUCCUGCAGCUGCAGCACGGCAUGCGGCUGGUGGCGGGCGAGGUCCAUGCCUCGCUCCAGGGUGGCCUGGCUGGCACAGACAGGCUGGGGACCCUGGCCACAUCCCUGCUGGCUUUCCCAUCGGUGGGCCCUGCCUUCCCUACCUACUAUGCCCACGCAGACGCUCUGUGCUCUGUGAAGUCGGAGGAGGUGCUGCGUGGCCUCAGCAAGCUGAUGCUCAAGCGCUCGGGAGGACGGGAGCUGGAAGAGAAGGGCCAGAGCCCCUGCACAAGCCGAGAACAGCUGCUGCUGAACGCCCUCCUAUACCUGCGCUCCCACGUGCUGUGCAAGGGAGAGCUGGACCAGCGGGCCCUGCAGCUCUUCAGACAUGCAUGUCAGGAAAUCAUCAAUGAGUGGGACGAGCAGGAACGCAUAGCCCAGGAGAAGGCGGAGCAGGAAAGCAGCCUGUACAGAUACCGGGGCAGGACCCCCAGGACAGCCCUGAGCGAGGAGGAGGAGGAAGAGCGGGCCUUCAGGAGCCAGUUCCCACUGCACGAGAAGGACUUUGCAGAUAUAUUGGUAGAACCCACAUUAGAGGAGAAGGGACCUUCAGGUGGGCAAGAAGAGGAGGCCACCCCUGGCCCUGCCGUCCUGUCACAGAGCUCCAUGCAGGCUGUGAUGCGCAUCCACCAGCAGCUGUGCCUCGGCUUCGCCCGGUCCCUCUGGUAUCAGCAGAGUCCGCCACCCCACGGGACAGAGCACUACCUCAGCCUGUUUCUGUCCUGCUACCAGACGGGGGCAUCUCUCGUGACAUACUUCUACCCGCUGAUGGGAGUUGAGCUGAAUGACCAGCUCUUGGGCAGCCAGCUUUUGGCCUGCACCCUGUCCCAUAACACUCUCUUUGGGGAAGCGACCUCAGACCUGAUGGUGAAGCCUGACGGGCCCUAUGACUUCUACCAUCACCCCAACAUCCCAGAAGCUCGGCACUGCCAGCCCGUGCUUCAAGGCUUCUCAGUGGCUGUUCACCGGCUGCUGCAGGAUUGGCCGGAGCACCCAGCGCUUGAGCAGCUGCUGGUUGUAAUGGACCGAAUCUGUAGUUUCCCACUUUCCAGCCCCAUCUCAAAGUUCCUGAAUGGCUUAGAGAUCCUUCUGGCAAAGGCACAGGAUUGGGAAGAGAAUGCAAGUCGAGCCCUGUCUCUGCGGAAACAUCUUGAUUUGGUCAGUCAGUUGAUCAUCCGUUGGCGUAAACUGGAACUGAACUGUUGGUCCAUGAGUUUGGAUAAUACCAUGAAGCGCCACACUGAGAAAUCCACCAAGCAUUGGUUCUCCAUCUACCAGAUGCUGGAGAAGCACAUGCAGGAACAAACAGAGGAACAGGAAGAUGACAAACAGAUGACCCUGAUGUUGCUGGUCAGCACAUUACAAGCAUUUAUUGAAGGAUCCUCACUGGGGGAGUUCCACAUACGACUUCAGAUGUUACUGGUUUUCCAUUGUCAUGUCUUGCUGAUGCCACAAGUCGAAGGAAAAGAUGCACUUUGCAGUGUUCUGUGGAACUUGUACCAUUAUUACAAGCAAUUCUUCAACCGGGUCCAGGCCAAAAUUGUGGAGCUUCGUUCCCCACUGGAAAAAGAGCUUAAAGAAUUUGUUAAGAUAUCCAAGUGGAAUGAUGUCAGCUUCUGGUCUAUUAAGCAGUCUGUGGAAAAGACACACAGAACCCUCUUUAAAUUCAUGAAGAAAUUUGAAGCCGUCCUGAGCGAACCCUGCCGGUCAUCCCUGGUGGAGGGAGAUGAGGAGGAGCAGCCGGACUCUUUGCCAAGGCCGACAAGUGCCACCACAAGUGAGGAGUCCCCCAUUCAGAGUCUGAACAGGGUGCUGAGGGAGACCCUGUUAGCCCGGCCAGCAGCUGCGCAGGCUGCUGUUCCAGAGCAGUGUCUGGGUGCCCCUCUCCCCUCGGAGGGGGCCCUUCUGCGUCGCUUGCCGAAACUCCUGAAACGGUUGAGGAAGAUGUGCCUAACGCUCAUCCAGGGAAGCCCCCUGCCCCGCCUCGUGGAGGGCCUCGACCAGUUCACCGGUGAAGUAAUCUCCUUUAUGAGUGAGCUUCAGAGCUUAAAGGUGGACCCCUCUGCAGAGAAGGAGAAGCAGCGGUCGGAAGCCAAGCACAUUCUCAUGCAGAAGCAGCGAGCUUUAGCAGACCUCUUUAAACACCUGACAAAAACUGGUUUGUCAUAUCGCAAAGGUCUUUCCUGGGCCCGUACAAAAAACCCUCAAGAAAUGCUCCAUCUUCACCCCUUGGAUCUCCAAAGCGCAUUGUCUAUAGUCAGCAGCACUCAGGGGGCUGAUUCUAGGUUGCUUACAGAAAUCUCGUCUUCAUGGGAGGGCUGCCAGAAGUACUUCUAUCGCUCUCUUGCACGACAUGUCAGGCUUAUUGCGGUCCUGGCGGCUCCAGCCAAGGAGGUGGGCGCAGGCCACGUGGAGCGGUGUAAAGGGUUCUCGGCGCAUCUGAUGAAGGUGCUCAUCCGACAGCGGCGCUCCCUGACUGCGCUGACAGAGCAGUGGAUCCUCCUCAGGAACCUCCUCAGUUGUGUGCAAGAGAUGGACGGCAGGCUGACAGGGCUGCCCGUCUACCCCGUGGCCUUCCCUCCUCAGGACGGGGUGCAGCAGUGGACAGAGAGGCUACAGCACCUGGCUAUGCAGACCCAAGUCCUGCUGGAGCAGCUCUCCUGGCUCCUCCAGUGCUGCCCGGCUGCUGGGCCUGCUCCUGGACACACACCCUACCUGGAAGACCCGGAGCGCCUCCAGGGGCUGCUUUCCGGAGCAGCGCUGGACCUGAUCCCGUCAGACCUGACCUUCCCGUCCCCAGCUCCAGAAACGCAGCUGCCCUCUGGUUGUCUGAUGCGGAAACAGGACCCACGUUGGCAACAGUCAACUGCGAGAUUAACAGAGAUGCUGAGAACCGUUAAAACCGUGAAAGCUGAUGUCGACAGAAUUAGGCAGCAGUCUUGCGAGGCUCUCUUUCAUUCUUGGAAAGAUUUUGAAGUUUGCUCUUCUGGGCUGAGUUGCCUAUCCCAGGUGUCAGCUCAUUUGCAAGGCCUAGAGUCCUUGUUCAUUCUUCCAGGGGUUGAGGGUGAGCAAACAGACCCACAAAUGGCUUUAGUUGAGAGCAUGGAAUAUGUAAGAAGAGAGAUCAAUAAAGCCACAGAUGACUUCACUACCUGGAAGACACAUCUGCUCACCCCAGGCAGCCAAGAAGGAAACCAAAUGCUGGAUGAAGGGUUUGUAGAGGAUUUUUCAGAGCAAAUGGAAACCGCCAUCCGGGCCAUCCUUUGUGCCAUUCAGAAUUUAGCAGAAAGAAACAGUAAAAAAACAGAGGAGAGCACUGACCAGGCAAGACCCCAAGAAGAAGAUGAGACUGCAGGCUUCGAGAGCCUGCAGUUAGGACACCUCACAAAACUCCUGGAGGAGGACUUCUGGGCCGACGUGAGCACGUUACAUGUGCAGAGAAUCAUUUCCGCUGUCUCUGAGCUGGUGGAGAGGCUGAAAUCAUCCGGCGAGGAUGGUACAGCAGCCAAGCACACGUUCUUCACCCAGUCCUGCCGCUUGUUGGUGCGCCUGGUGCCCAUGCUGUCCAGGUACUCUGACCUCGUCCUCUUCUUCCUGACCAUGUCUUUGGCGACUCACCGUAGCACUGCAAAGCUGCUCUCUGUGCUUGCCCAGAUCUUUACGGAGCUUGCCCAGAAGGGAUUUUGCCUGCCCAAAGAGUUUAUGGAAGAUUCAGCGGGAGAAGGGGCAACUGAAUUCCAUGACUACGAGGGAGGAGGGAUUGGAGAAGGCGAGGGCAUGAAGGAUGUGAGUGAUCAGAUAGAAAAUGAAGAACAGGCAGAAGAUACAUUUCAGAAGGGUCAAGAAAAGGAUAAAGAAGAUCCUGACUCAAAAUCAGACAUUAAGGGCGAGGAUAAUGCCAUUGAGAUGUCAGAAGACUUUGAUGGGAAAAUGCAUGAUGCGGAGCUGGAAGAACAAGAAGAAGAUGAAGAAAAAUCAGAUAGUGAGACUGGAGACCUAGAUAAACAGAUGGGCGAUCUGAAUGGUGAGGAAGCUGACAAACUAGAUGAGCGGCUUUGGGGUGAUGAUGACGAUGAAGAAGAUGAGGAGGAAGACAGUAAGACUGAAGAAACAGGACCAGGAAUGGAUGAGGAAGAUUCUGAGCUUGUAGCUAAAGAUGACAACUUAGAUGCUGGCAAGUCAAACAGAGAGAAAACCCGGCAAGAUAAGAAGGAGGAAAAGGAAGAAGCAGAAGCUGAUGAUGAUGGACAAGGCCAAGACAAAAUUAAUGAACAAAUAGAUGAGAGGGAAUAUGAUGAGAACGAGGUGGAUCCUUACCAUGGCAACGAGGAAAAGCUGCCUGAACCUGAGGCCUUGGACCUUCCAGAUGACUUGAACUUAGACAGUGAAGACAAGGAUGGUGAUGGGGACACUGACCAUGAAGAUGGAGAAGAAGAGAAUCCUUUGGAAAUUAAAGAACAACCAAAGGAUACUGAAGAACCAGGUCAUGAAGCUGAGGACAUAAAUGAAGAGACUGAGGCUGAUCAGGAUGAAGGUCAGGCUCAACCCCAGCCUGAGGGAGGCCACAGUGAAGAUGACAAGGGGGAGGAGGGAGAGGAAGAGAUGGAUACCGGAGCUGACGACGGAGACCAGGAUGCUGCCGAGCACCCUGAAGAGGACACAGAGGAGGCUCCACUGUCCUCGGAGGACAAGGACAAAGACACCAGUGAGGAAAGCCCACAAAAGGACACACCUGUUGACCAAGGUCUCCAGCCUCAGACGCAGGAAAAAGAAGAAGGGGAGAACUCUGACAUGGAGGAGCCGGUGCCAGAGCCCACGGAGAGGAAAGAGCACGAGUCCUGUGGGCAGACGGGCUUGGAGAGCGUGCAGAGCGAGCGGGCUGUGGAGCUGGCUGGGGCCGCGCCUGAGAAGGAGCAGGGCAGAGAGGAACACGGCAGUGGAGCUGCGGAUGCAAACCAGGCAGAAGGCCACGAAUCAAGCUUCAUGGCACGAAUGGCCGCCCAGAAACACACCAGGAAAAACACACAGAGUUUUAAGAGGAAACCUGGGCAGGCCGACAACGAACGCUCCCUGGGUGAUCACAGUGAGCGUGUGCAUAAGAGGCUGAGGACCAUGGACACAGAGAGCCGCGCCGAGCAGGACCCGGCCCAGCCCCGGGCCCAGGUGGAGGACGCAGAAGCAUUUGAGCACGUCAAACAAGGCAGCGAGCCCUACGAUGCACAGACCUACGAUGUGGCCAGCACAGAACAGCAGCAGUCUGCAAAGGACUCCAGCAAGGCUCACGAAGAGGAGGAGGUAGAGGAUACCUCCAUGGACCCGGAGGAGCAGGAGGAGCUCAGAGCGGUAGACACAGAGCCACUGAAGCCAGAGGAGGUCAAGUCAGGGAGCACGGCCCAGCCAGGCUCUGAAGAGAUGGAGAUGGAGACCCAAACUGUUAAAUCAGAGGAAGACCAACACCCCAGGACAGACCCAUCACACGAGGAAACAGAGAAUGAGAAACCAGAGAGAAGCCGAGAUUCCACCAUUCACACAGCCCAUCAGUUACUUGUGGACACGAUUUUCCAGCCCUUCUUAAAAGAUGUCAAUGAGCUAAGACAGGAGCUGGAGAGACAGCUGGAAACAUGGCAGCCACAUGAAUCUGGAAACCCAGAAGAAGAGAAGGCCGCAGCGGAGAUGUGGCAGAGUUACCUGGUCUUAACUGCGCCUCUGUCACAACAGCUGUGUGAACAGCUUCGUCUCAUACUGGAGCCAACCCAGGCCGCCAAGCUGAAAGGGGACUAUCGAACUGGGAAGCGACUGAACAUGCGGAAGGUUAUUCCAUACAUUGCCAGCCAGUUUCGGAAAGACAAGAUUUGGCUUCGAAGAACCAAGCCUAGCAAACGGCAGUAUCAAAUCUGUCUGGCUAUCGAUGACUCUUCCAGCAUGGUGGACAACCACACCAAACAGCUUGCCUUUGAGUCUUUGGCCGUGAUUGGAAAUGCUCUAACCCUUCUGGAAGUCGGUCAGAUUGCAGUAUGCAGUUUUGGAGAGUCUGUAAAACUAUUACAUCCAUUCCACGAACAGUUCAGUGACUACUCAGGGUCCCAGAUUCUGCGGCUCUGCAAAUUCCAGCAAAAGAAAACCAAGAUUGCUCAGUUUCUAGAGUCCGUAGCCAACAUGUUUGCAGCCGCUCAGCAACUCUCUCAAAACGUCAGUCUAGAAAUCGCCCAGCUCCUCCUGGUGGUCUCUGAUGGACGCGGCCUUUUCCUUGAGGGCAAAGACAGAGUCCUAGCAGCAGUUCAGGCCGCCCGGAACGCUAACAUCUUUGUUAUUUUUGUUGUGUUGGACAAUCCCAGUUCACGGGAUUCUAUCUUGGACAUUAAGGUACCGAUAUUUAAAGGGCCUGGAGAAAUGCCUGAAAUCCGAUCGUACAUGGAAGAGUUCCCAUUCCCGUUUUACAUAAUUCUCCGCGACGUGAACGCACUUCCCGAGACGCUCAGCGAUGCUCUCAGGCAGUGGUUUGAGCUGGUGACAGCCUCUGACCACCCAUAGAGCAGGAGGAACACAGUCCCAAGUGAGGCUUUUAACUGCGCUCAGAAUGUCACACUGCUUGCCAGGAGCUCCCUUCUGGAGAACUGUUUCUGAACUCCUAGCUUGAAAAUGGUAUUUUAUCUUAGACCUGAUUUAUAAACAUUCACCCAAUAGCUACAAAAAAUUAUCGCAACGUAAGUUUCUAUUUCAGGGCCUUCGUGCUCCCUGCUGUGCCUGGGCUCCGGUUCUUAUAACAAACCUGGGGUGGUGAAGGAACAGCAGCAGGAGUCUCAUACCUGGGGCAGCCCUGGCCCAAGAGGAGGCUGCACCCCACCCUUGGGCCCAGCUGCCUUUUCCCUUCACAGGGACUCUGGACACCACCUCGAGGAGAUGCUGCCGGGAACAUGGGACUGUGCCAGACCUCUGGACAAAGGACUGAAUAAAGGGAGUCUCCCUUUUGACCCUGCCCUAUGGCUUAGCCUUGCUAAGUCCGCAGUGUGUACCCAAAAGCUGUCAAAUGGCUGAGACAGCUCCAGUUUAUUUUUAGAGAGUCAGUGUAUUUUCUUACCAUGCUUCUUGUGAAAGGAACUACCUUCUCUCCAAGGGGAGGAACCUCAUGCUGCGUGUGUUCUCAUAAAGCAACCAGACAUUAUGGGAGCUCAGAUCCUCAGAGAAUGACCCUCGGGUCGUGUAUGAAGGAAGGGGCUUUUCCCUGUGCUCCUUCACCUUUGCUGCUUCGGGAGACUAUGCAAUGAUGGAAAGAUGAUUUUCCCUUUGUUUAUUCCAUUCUCUCAAUGCCACAGUUCCUGUUGUAGUAAUUUAUUUCUUUAGUUCAUUUUUCUUAACAGUUAAGAGGAAGAAUCAUUCCUCAUAUUGCUUUCAAGCUGAACUGAGCCAGGCUCAUCCUGGAAAAGAAGUGCUGUGUCAAAAGAACUGAGCAGCCAAACCUCUUUUCCCAGUCAGAAAUCCACCAGCGGUUUUUCAGCAGUUUUUUAUUUACUUGGCCAAAAAGCAGUGCUUGAAUACUUGAAACUGUGCUGUGUUCUAUUUAAGUUCUGCCUGUCCAAAUGUCCUUUUGUAGACAACAUGCCAGGAUGUAAUCGUCCAUCUCCAUGUGUGUUACAGUUACACUGUGAAGUGUGCCACCCUUCUGAGGUGGUCCUCAAAGACACAGAUUGCUUGUUGUUGUUUAACCAAGUGUCCUAAAGCAUGUACCUGAGGUUAUAUCAUUUUUUUAUUCUAAAAAGCUAUGCAGCUUGUAUUCUGAAAAGUAUUAAAAAGUAUACCAUGGUUGAUGUCA